AUUAUAAUAGUUUAUUUUCAAGAAAAAUCGUCCUGUGUACUUGAGUUGCCACGUGUCUGAAUGGGAGGGGACAGACUGCAAAAAUCAGGGGGCUCCCUGACCGCGGGGGUCGCCGCCCAGGAGGACUUCACUUCUGGAGCCCCGCUUGGGCAAAUGGUGGGGACGCAGGCUGCACCUACAGCCUCAGAAAAGAGGGUGAGCGAGGAUGCCGGGGAGCGCGUGCGAUUUCUCUCUCCUGGCCUCCCACCGCACCCUUUGUAUCGUGCCGUUUUAACGAUCUCACACCUCUUGGGAUCACCAGAGUCCAAGCGGCUCGCCAGGAGCCAAGUAUGUAUUGUUUGGCUCAGGAAAUGUGGGGUAAUGAAGGUGCCUCCCACUGGGCGGGCAGGUCACUGUAUUCCGCUCUGGCCUCCGGUUUGGGGGAUGGGUGACAGCGAAGGGGUCCGCGGAGCCGCGCCGCCGCUGUCUGGGGGGCAGGGAGCGCAGCCUUUGUGCUGAGGCUGCUCCGGGCUCCCGCCGCUGGGGGGCGGCCUCCGGCCCGCAGACCCCCGACAAUAGCAGGAGUGGUGGGGAGCAGCACGGUUCCGGAAACUUUUCCCUGGAACCUGACCGCCGCCGCCCGCCCCCGGGAGCGCGGAGCUGGGCGCGCCCAUCUCCGGCCGGCGGACGGUGUGAUCUGGCCGGCCCUGUGCUGCGGAACCGAACACAGAAGGGGGCGUGCGGGGCGGCAGCGCCGGGGCCGCGGGCAGCAAGGGAGGCUGCACGCGGGUCCCUGGCCACGCGGAGGCGCAGGCACCGGACUGGGCGGAAUGGAGCCAGCCAUGGGGGAGGCGCCCAGCCCCGCACCGGCGCCCGCGCUCUGGGACUGGGACUACCUGGACCGCUGCUUCGCCCGCCACCGUGUCUGCAUCUCCUUCGGCCUGUGGAUCUGCGCCUCUUCCUGCUGGAUCGCCGUUCACGCACUGCUUCUGUAUCUGAGAUGUGGGAGGAAAUCUGGACGGGACCAGUCAGUGCUGUGGGCUGCGUGCUGCCUCCUGACCAGUUUGUGUGACACCAUUGGGGCGAUUCUGGCCAAACAGCUCACCAUCCAGGUCUUUACUGGUGCCUACCUGGCAGCUGCUGACCUGGUGACCUUUGUGUCCGUUCUCUUCCCAGUCUGUGGUUCCAAAUUCAAGUCCAGUUCGGGUCGGGGCUCCCGGGAGAGGAAGAGGAGGCGGCAGCUCCGGGCCAGCGUGUUUGCCCUGGUCUUGCCACUGAGCCUGGGCCCGGGCUGGGCUCUGUGGGCCGCCGUCCCGAGGGCUUCAGGCCGCGACCGAGGGCCACAGCGGAGGCUGCUGGGCAUCCUGGUGCAGGACAAUACGGAAAUCCUCGGCUUCCUGCUGGGUGGCAUCGCGGCCUUGGGCGCCUGGGUUUCCCGGAUCCCCCCACUCUCCAGAAUCUGCCGGGGUAAGACAUUUCCGUCCAUCCACCUGUGGACCCGGUUCCUGUCAGCCCUGGCCGGUCUCCUCUACGCCUCGGCCAUCGUGGCCCAUGACCGGCGGCCUGAGUACCUGCUGCGGGCCACGCCCUGGUUCCUGACCUCGCUCGGCCGCGCGGCGCUGGACCUGUCUAUCAUUUUCCUUUCCUGCGUGAUGAAGAGCAAGAUGAGGCAGGUCUUCGGAUUUUCCUCUGAAGCAGGAGAGAACCCCGACACCCAAGCCCUUCUGACCUGUGCAGAGAAGGAGGAAGAAAACCAGGAGGCAAUGACCGAGAACUCGGAUUGGGUGCCGCUCACCACACUCCCACACUGCAAGCCGCUCAAGAGGAUGGCAGCCAUCAGUCGCUACAUGGAGCUGACCAUUGAACCGGUGCAGCAGGUGAGCUGCAGUGCCAGCAGGCUGCCUGGCAACGGACAGACAAACACGGGAGCCGCGUCCCUGCAGGAGCCCCCCUCCUACCCUCCAGUUCAGGUCAUCCAGGCCCGUGUGUCCUCCAGCAGCUCCUCCCAGGUCUCUUCCAUCAACUCCGACCUCGAGCAGAAGUAUUGGGAAGCCCUAAUCUCGGAGCAGUGGGAUCCUGAAGAUGUAAACCUUGGAGGGAACAAAGACAGCAUGGAGACACUCAGAUCACAGGUACACAGGUGGUCUGUGAAGCCAGUGGACUUGCCCUCUGAUGAAUAACACUUUCUGGAGCCAACUCAGCAGCCCAGAGACCAAGGUCAAGCAUUUGUCAGGAGCUGAGCAGGGAUCAACCUGCAGGGACAGCCAUGGUAGGAAUUAAGCUUCUGCCAAGGCUGCCCAUGAAAGUGAGGAACCAGGAGCUGUCAUGGAGCUUGGAUGGUCUGCACUAUGGCUCAGAAUGGAGCUAAGACUUUGGGCCCACUGGACAGACUUGAAUAUGCCCAAAGUUUGUUCUAAGGAUCUGCAGUUUGUCACAAACCACUCGUGCUUUGACAUAUAAUCUAAAGGACUUUGGGCCCUCUUUUCCUUUUCCCUUUGGAGUCAGCCAUACUCUGAAUAUCUGCUGUGAAUGAGUUCAUCUAACAAGCAGCUAAUAUGUUUGAAUCUCAGUAAAGCCCCAUUCUGCAAGACCUGGCUAAGCCUAGCGAGCAGUGGGCCCAUAGUCUGGGUGUCUAGGACACAAUGACAAGUUCUGAUGGGACCUGGCUGCUGCCCUCCGGUAACCCAGUAGAGUUUCCUGCUGAAAGUUGAGAGAGGACUGUUUGAUCAGCCAAGUGUUUACAAGAUCACUGGUAUUGCAAAGGCAAGCAAAGCUAAUUGCUCUAGGUGCGAGGACUUGCUCCAAUCUGGCAGAGUGUGUGCUGGAGCAGGGUCUGCAGGUGAUGGGACUGUCUGCCUUAGAAGGUAGCUGAAAGCACGCAAAGGGUGUCCUAGUACUUGGAGCAUCUCCAAUGCAAGUCUCAGAGAUUUUCUAACCCCACAACCGGAAAAAGGGCUCUCCUGCACUGCAGCUGCCACUGUCUUUCCCAAGGACAGCCUGAUCUCAUGUGAGAAGAGCUAUCCCACAGGCCUUUCUUUCUGAUCAGCAAGUGCACUAUGGAAUAUCACUGAGUUAUGCAGGAUCUUAGUUCCACCAGACAUGGAGCCACCUGCUUGGAAGUGCAGAGUCUUAACCACUGGACCACCAGGGAAGUCCCAGGGUCUGGGAAUCUUUAACAAGCUCCUCAAGUGAUCCUUUGAGAACAUUGCCCUAAGGAAAUUACUUUUAAAGCCUUUCUAUUUGUGUGAGAUGUUUUCAUAAAUGUGUUUAAAACAGGCGCAAAAGUGAUAAAGCCUCAAAACCCCACUUGUUUGGAAAGAUUAAAUAUUAUACUUUCAUGAACAAAUGCUAUUUGGGUAUUAGACCUAGAAGACCACAGAGGAACAGAUCUGAAUUACCUUGAAAUCACCUAGUUCAGUACCUGAGUGGCUUGCUCAUUCUCACAACUUGAAUUCCCAGUUCUAACAUGAAAAGAAAAAUCUGCAGAAGACAAUGUCAGGCAACAAAAGGAGAAUCCAAGAGAGUGUGCCAAUAUUAGCAGUUAUUUUUAAAACAUUGUUCACUGACAAUAUCAAAAGAGUCUUUUUAUGAGACUUUCUAUAGUAAAGGGAUUAUGUGGAUUCUUGUAGUAGUGGUUUCUUUACUGUAGAAGCAGUUGAAUACAUUCCCCAGUUUAAAAAUAUUUCCCUCUAAAUUCUCUUCCCUUUCAAGUUUGCAGCAUAAACCUUUGGUUUCAAGAGAAAUCCCUUGGCUCAAGCAGCUGCUGUAGUUCCAGCUCGUUGCUGAUCAUCACAUCCCUCAAGACCAAAGAACAAUAAAGGGAGACCAGAUAGCAAUGAUUCUCAAACCAGGGAAAACAGACAGGAGAGAGCCCCUGAGAAAAUAUGAAAGCCUAGUUGUUGUUUAAAAGCAAGGUGGGAAGACUAAAAGGACAGAUUUUUUUUUUUUUUUUUUGAGAGUUCUGUAGUUUGAGCCCCCUGGUGGCUCAGAUGGUAAAGAAUCCACCUACAAUGCAGGAGAUGUGGGUUCGAUCCCUGGGUCAGGA